AUGAAUACGAGCAAGGAUUAUUUGAUGAUUGGUUCACAAAAUUACAAUAAGUUGAUGCAUUCUUCUAAAUUGCGAUGUAAAAGCGAACAUUCAUCGCCAAAACAGCAACAAAGAAUUAAGAAAAGUGUGCGAUUUUCGGAUUGCAUUGAUUUGGAACAAGCAGAGUAUGCUAUUAAUACGCAAGCGGAAAAGUACAAUGAGAAGUGCACACAUCAGACUGAUGGAUCUUAUAGUUUUGCUUCAGAAUUGCAAUUACAAAAAUAUUUUUGCUUACCAACAGAAAAUGAAUUGAGAUGGUUGGUCGGUGAACAAUGCGUUCAUUUGGAAAGUGUUCGGUGGUUCGGUCGCGCUAUCACUGGUAUGGUUCGGGUGAAGAAUUUGGAUUAUGAAAAAAAAAUAGAAAUAUUGUAUACCUUUAACGAUUGGACUACCUCACACACUGUAAAAGGCGCUUAUGCAGAAUCACCGUCACCGCAAGAGGAUCGAUUCUCAUUCUGCAUAUUCCUGCCAUUCUUGAAACUCGAUCUAUGCAUUUAUUUCUACAUAAGGUAUGAAUGUGAUAGGAAGAUAUACUGGGAUUCCAAUUGCGGUGAGAAUUAUAAAUUUGUAUGUCAUUCAGUUGCAACUUCCGAAAGAAAUGGUAUCAGGGAAAAAACAGCCUGCAGUAACAGUUCCUUAAAUCCAUUUUACGAUUCCAAUUGCUCAAUAUUUUUCUGA